AGAUAGAUGCAUAACAAAUCAUUAAAAACUCAUAUUCAAUUUGACAAGUAAUUAAUUAAAUUAGGUGGGUAUACUCUCAUUAACUCCCUUUUCCUUUGGGUAGGUCUGCCCUACUUUCUCUCUCUUCCACCCUUUAUAAUUUCUGCCUUUCAAGUCACAUUUCCCUCUUUUUUUCUCUUUUUUAAUUUAUUUUUUGGUAUAAAUUUCUUACAACCCCACUUCAUAAAAACCCCAAAAAAUAACCCAGAAAAAAAUCCCAAAAAAAUGAAAAAUUAUUAAUUGUAAAACAGAGUGUUUUAAUUUUGGGAAGUUAUAUAUGACUCCAAUGCAUUUUCAGCAAUCAUGAUCUCUCUGUCCUUCUUUCAAACCCUUUGAACUUCUAAAUUUAAUUCAUUUCCCAGUUUUUACACCCACCUUAUUCACUUCUACAUUACUGUUAUAGAGAGAGAAACUAGAGAGAGAAAGAAAACAGAGCAGAUAUAAAAACAGAGGAACCUUACUCUGUUUUUUAGGGAUUCAAAAACAGUUUUUCUCAUCUGGGUUUUUAUUAUUUUUUAUUUUACAGUGAGAAUGUGAAAGAAAUUUUGGGGAAAAAAAAAUGGGUUUUUUAAUUGGGAGAAGAAAUAUUCAUUUUUCUAGUAAAAUUCAACUGGGUUUUCUAGUAUUAUUUGUUCUGUUUUUGGGAAUAUUUAAUGUUACUUUGGGGUUAAAUUACACAAAAUAUAGACAAGUUAGUGAUUUGAGAUUUGAGAGGAUUCAGAAGCACAUUAACAAGAUUAACAAGCCUUCCAUUCUUACCAUUCAGAGCCCUGAUGGAGACAUUAUAGAUUGUGUUCAUAGAAAAAAACAACCAGCUUUUGAUCAUCCCCUUUUGAAGAAUCACAAGAUUCAGAAAACGCCAACAGAAAAGCCAAAAAUGAAAAUGGUAAAAAUAGAUGAAUUAAAAGAAGGGGAUAAUAGAAAGGGCAAAGAAAUAGAAUGGCAAAUGUGGCAUUUAAAUGGAACAAGAUGCCCUAAGGGAACUGUUCCGGUACGCCGGAGUACAGUGCAUGAUGUGCUAAGGUCUAAAUCAUUGUAUGAUUUCGGAAAGAAGCGACCGCGAUCACUUACUUUAGCUAGAAGGGCUGAUGCUCCUGAUGUUGUCAAUGGCAAUGGUCAUGAGCAUGCAAUAGCUUAUACGGGAACAUCAGAAGAAAUAUAUGGAGCAAAGGCAACAAUAAACGUGUGGGAUCCAUCAAUUGAAGAAUUGAACGAAUUUAGCCUUUCUCAAAUUUGGGUUUUAUCUGGCAAUUUUGACGGCUCUGAUCUUAACAGUAUCGAAGCUGGUUGGCAGGUCAGUCCGGAGCUUUAUGGUGAUAGCAGGCCAAGAUUAUUCACUUACUGGACGAGUGACUCGUAUCAAGCAACUGGUUGCUACAAUCUUCUAUGUGCUGGGUUUAUUCAAAUUAAUAGCCAAAUUGCAAUUGGAGCUGCUAUUUCUCCGGUUUCUUCGUUUCAAGGCAGCCAAUUUGACAUCACCAUCCUCAUUUGGAAGGAUCCAAAACUUGGAAAUUGGUGGAUGAGCUUUGGGGAUGACACCCUAGUAGGGUACUGGCCAGCAGAGUUGUUCACCCACCUAACAGAUCAUGCAACCAUGGUAGAGUGGGGUGGUGAGGUGGUCAACACACAGGCUAACGGGCUUCACACCGCGACUCAAAUGGGUUCGGGCCAUUUCGCCGAAGAUGGGUUUGGCCAAGCCAGUUACUUCAGGAAUCUAGAGGUUGUGGACUCAGACAACAGCCUUAGUGCACCCCAAGAUAUCCAAAUUCUUGCUGAGAAUAUCAACUGUUAUGAUAUUCAGAGUUCAUACAACAAUGAUUGGGGCCAACAUUUCUACUAUGGUGGGCCUGGGAGAAGCCCAAAGUGUCCAUGAUUCUUAGCCCAAAUCCACCUAGAAUAUAAUUAAAUCUUUUUUUCUUUUCUAGUAUUAAUUCUUUUAUUUUACUUGUUUUAAGCUAAGGUAAAUAUAUCACAAAUUCACAAUGCUUUCUGAUUUUGUUCUCUGCAGUUAUCUUCUAAUUAUAAUAUAUCUUUGGUCAAUCUAAAAAGGUGACAAAGAAAUGUAAUUGUGAAAUAAUCAAGGAAGAAAGCAUUAUUCUUAAUAGAAGUGGCAAUUUCUUUGUA